AUGAAGGAUGGUCCAAGUGGACAAGGCUGCCCUACUGCCACUGUCCUGCCACCACAGGGUCAGGCCAGCAGCCUCUGUGAGGGGCAGCAGUGCUGGGGCUACCCAUGCAGGUGGGCACAGAGCAUCACCCCAGCACCGAGCUGGCCAGGGGAGGCAGCAGCUGAGGCUGAGGGCAAUGAGGGAGUUGGGUCAGCAAUGUCAAGGAAACUGAGGAGAUUUCAGGAUCCAAAUAAAGAUAAUUAAUGGAAUGACAUAUUGAAAGAUUUUAGAAUUCUUCCUCCAAAAGAAAAACUGAAAGAUGAAAUUGAAGAAAUGGUUUUACACUCGCAGAAAGAAGCACAGGACUUGCAAGAAUGGAAAUGUCUUCAGAGGAGGCAAAAGUAUGGGAAACUAAGAGAAAGCUGUAGAAAGCAGUAUGUAAAUGAAGUUACAAAUGCUCCAGAGGAUGUUGGGGUUAUAAUUCAUCUUUAUUGGUCAAGCAUCCCAAUGUGUUUAUGGAUUAAUGAACACCUCAACCUGCUAGCCUGGAAGUUUCCAGAAGUCAGGUUUCUCAAAGCCAUUGUAAACUUCAGCAUUCAGAAUUACCAUGAUAUAUACAGUACUUGUAUACAAACUAGUGAAAUAAAAGGCAGGUUCAUUGGAGUAGCUGAACCAGAAGUUGGAGCAACAAAAAAAGAACAAAACCCCCAAAAGGACAUUAUGAUACUGCCAGUGUGAAGCACUUCUGCUCAUGAAGACACCAAUAUAAAAACCAGUGAUGUGAUAAAACUGCUUGAGAGCUUUUUAAUGCUUUAAACAGAUCAUCUGUUUGGCAUAAGUUAGUUCACACACAGUUUUUACUCCUGUGGUAAGCCUGAAACUAUUAAAAACAGGGGGGGAAAAAAAGAAAAAACUUCUGGUUUGAUUGUGUAUUUUUUGGGUUUGAUUUGUGGAAGAAAACUGUAGUAAAUGAAAGCCACACUUACCUUUAAAUUCCUACAGAUGGCUGUCAUUGACAUGGAGAGUCUGGAUCCUCCAUUUCAUAAAAACUCUGCUUAAACGGAAAAGGGAGGGCAUUAGCUGGUGGGCUCUAAUCCAUACUUUCCUCUUCCUUUUAUCCCAUGUGGGUGCAAGACAUUCCUUUAAUUUUCAGUGACAUUACUGUAGUAGAACUCUGCUCUGCAAAGUACCUUCUCAGUUCCCCCACUGAAAAGUGUGACCCAAAGACAAUGAUGUUUAUAGACAUAUAUAAU